CUUUGAUUUACGGAUUUUUAAACCGGCAGAAAAUAUUUAUUAUUUAUUCGGAAAGUAGACCAUUCGAAUAUUAAAAAUUAUUAAUUGAAGUUCGUCGUGAUGGCUACACAAGAAGAAGCACCCACCUACAACUAUAAGAUUCCGGAGAAGCUUAUUAAAAGUGCCAUGGAUAUGCCCAGGUGGGAACACUCAGAAGCUUAUUACGAUUUGUUGGGUUUCAUCAGUAGCAUGAGCGUUGCGCUACAAGCCACAAAGCAAAGCCAGGAAGUUGAGAUGAAUACAGUCAUCAAGAAACUUAUGGAUGGUCUCACUCGACUAGAGCAGCUUGCUAUUGAAACCCCUCCGGUGGAUCAACCUGCUAGGUUUGGAAACGUAGCCUACAGAUCCUGGUUCCAGAAAAUGCAAGCCGAAAGCCUAGAUCUUAUAAAGGAAGCAUUACCAGCUCAUCUGACUGAUGCAGCAGUGGAACUGAAUGUCUAUUUUACCGAGUCGUUCGGUAAUGCUACGAGGAUUGAUUAUGGUACCGGUCAUGAACUUUCUUUUCUGAUGUUUCUAAUGUGUUUGUUUAAGAUCAAAGCAAUUGAAAGAAAAGAUGAAGUCGCUGUCGGUCUACGACUGUUUCGUCAAUACCUGAACUUUGUUCGCAAGUUGCAGGUUACAUAUCGAAUGGAACCAGCUGGAAGCCACGGUGUUUGGAGUUUGGACGAUUUUCAGUUUGUUCCGUUUAUAUGGGGCAGUGCACAGCUAGCUGUCGAUAGUCCGAUUGAUCCUGCCAAAUUUGUGGAGGAUAAAUACAUUGAUGAGCAUAGAAAAGAAUAUCUUUUUAUCGGAUGUAUUGACUAUAUAAGACAGGUUAAAACUGGUCACUUUGCUGAACACUCGAACCAACUGUGGAGCAUAAGUGCUGUGCCUUCAUGGGCCAAAAUCAGUACUGGUCUUAUUAAGAUGUAUCAAAAGGAGGUUUUGUCGAAGUAUCCCGUUAUUCAGCACGUGUAUUUCGGUUCGAUUCUAACACUCAACCCGGUAAAGCCUGGCACCAAGUUGCCCAAUCCGAGGCUAGGCAUGCUUCCGCCGCAGAAUAUGGGGCCACCUGCACCGCCUAAAUUUCCUGCUGAAGGCCAAUAAUCUGACUAUGAUAUUGUGCUAGGAGUAACAAACGUAAUCUAUUCAAUAAAUUA